GCAAAGGCAAAGAAUGGCAAGAUGGACACAAAGAAAGGCAAAGAAGGACAUACCGAUGAAGCGAAGGGCAAGGAAACUCCGAAGGUCAAGGUCAAGGCCAAGUGUAAGGCCUUGCCAAAGGCCAAGUCUAAGGCCUUGCCAAAGGGAAAGCCCAAAGCGAAAGCAAAGGCGAGCAAGACUGCAGAACGCAACCGCAUCUACAGCAGGGUCUACCGGCAAGCCAUUGCCAAGGGCAAUGGUGCAGAAGUGGCACAGUCAGAGGCUUCCGCGGAGCUUGUGCGCUUGGGGUUCACUGUGAG